AUGGCUUCUAAUCGUAGUGAUGAUGGUGGCUCCCCAUUCGAGACGGCCGAACAUUUUGAGAGAAAUUCAAAUUAUGACGAUAAUCUGAGAUCGAACAUAGAGCCCACAGCCAGGUUAAGCCCUUAUUCAGGCUUGAGAAAAAAAAUUCUCCAAAUCCACGCAAGGACUGAUCUUACAUCUAAGGAUAAGGAUCAGCAGGUCCAGCUUUUAAUGAGAUCCCCUAUCUUGAAGUACGAAACUCUCCAGAAAAAUACCAAAGUUGAGGGGUCCACCGGCUUUUGCGCCCAUUAUCAGCGAAAUUGCUUGCUUUAUUGUGAUUUGUGCGACAAAUUCUAUGCUUGCCACAUAUGUCACGAUGAAGCGGAAGAAGGCCACAUAUUCAAUAGAUUCAACUAUGCCUUAGCAAUACUGAAAUGCACCGUUUGUGAUACGAUCCAGUCUGUUCAUCAAAACUGCUCUUCUUGUGGCACCUCCUUCGGACACUACUUUUGCCGCAAGUGUUUAUUGAUGGAAAAUGAUAUCACAAAAAGAAUAUUCCAUUGUGACGAUUGUGGGAUAUGUAGAAUUGGUGAAAAAUCGCUCUUCUUCCACUGCCAAACUUGCAAAUGUUGUCUUAAUAUUGCUUUAAAAACUGGUGAUACCGAUUCAGAUUCUGCGUCCUCUUCCAAGGGACACAAGUGCAUAGAGAGGUCUUUGGAAUCAAAUUGCCCAAUCUGCGGUGAAUAUCUUUUUACUUCACGUACGGGAGUCAUUUUCAUGGCCUGCGGUCACGCAAUUCAUUAUCUAUGCCAUGAGGAACAUAUCAAGCGGUCAUACCAGUGUCCGGUAUGUCUCAAGUCGCUUGCAGACAUGCGGAGCUUUUUUUCUCAAUUGGAUGAGCUAGUUGAUAGCCAACCGAUGCCCAUGGAGCUAUCUGACCGUCAAUCCAGCAUCACAUGCAAUGAUUGCAUGCGAAAAAGUCUUGUGGACUAUCAUCUUUCCCAAUACCACAAGUGUCUUCACUGCCAUUCAUACAAUACUAGCAUUCUCGAAAUUAUCAAAAAGUCCCCAUAA